AUGUUCCGCCUCCGAAGCACCAUGCUCAGCCGUCUCCUCUCUCCAUCCUCCGCCUGCCCCGUCUCCUCUAUCCAGCGCUUCCUCUCCGCCGAGGCCCCCCUCAUUAGCCCAAAACCUAGCUUCGCCGUCGAGGAUUACCUUGUCACCACCUGCGGCCUCACCCGAGCGCAAGCUCUCAAGGCCUCCGCGAAGCUCUCCCACCUCAAAUCCCCCGCCAAUCCCGACGCUGUCCUUGCCUUCCUCGACGGCGUCGGCCUCUCCAGCGCAGACGUCGCCGCCCUCGUCGCCAAAGACCCGCACUUCCUCUGCGCCAGUGUAGAGAGAACCCUGGCCCCCGUCGUCUUCCGGCUCACUAGCCACGGCCUCUCACAUGCUGAGAUCGCGCGCUUCGUCUCGCUCGGCCUCUCCAUCUUCCGUUCUAGAUCCGCCGUCUCCAAUCUACCAUACUACCUGUCGCUCUUCGGCUCCACCGAGAACCUCGUCCUGUUUCUCAAGCGAAGCUCCAGCCUCCUCGGAAGCAGCCUUGAGAAGGUGGUCAAGCCCAAUGUCGCGUUCCUGCGGGAGUGCGGGCUAGGUGAUUGUGAUAUUUCCAAGUUGUGCCUCUCUUCCCCAUGGCUGUUCAAAAUGAACCCAGAGCGCGUCCAAGCGAUGGUGGAGCGCACCCAAGAGCUUGGUGCGCACCGUGGGUCGGUGAUGUUCAGGCACGUGCUGAAGGCUGUUGCAUUCCUUGGCGAGGAGAAGAUCACGGCCAAAAUGGAGUACUUGAAGAACACAUUCAGGUGGUCGGAUGCUGAGGUGGGCACUGCUGUUUCUGCUCUUCCAGCGAUGCUGGCGAGAUCUAAGGACAUGCUGCGGAGGAGGUCAGAAUUCCUCAUCUCUGAGGUGGGGUUGGAACCAGCCUACAUUGCUCGUCGCCCGGCAUUGCUCUCUUAUAGCUUGGAGGGCCGGCAGAGACCCCGCUUUUAUGCUGUGAAGUUUCUCAAGGAAAAUGGACUGCUCAAGCGUGACCCGAGCUACUAUGCAAUAGUCAAGGUCACCGAGAAGGUAUUCAUGGAGAGGUACAUAUUCCCUCACAAGGAAGCCGCACCACAUCUCCCUGAAGACUAUGCAACCGCUUGUAGAGGGGAGGUGCCUGCUAGACUCAUGUUUGCAUGAACCAAGAACUGGCAUGGAAACUGGUAGCUGCGUAUGGCACAUCAAAUUUCACUCUGCGUAUUAGCCUGACAAUUCCUGAUUCGGUAUUCUUGGCCUAACAGAGUGGUGGAUGUUUGCUUAGUACCUUAGUUACAUGUUGGUUUUGUGUUGGUAAUCCAGGAUGAAACCGAUAAACUGAUUUAUGAUUUCUGGUAUAUAUAUGUUCAUGACAACAUCCAGUGGAGAAGAAAGCAUCGCACUGCUAUCUUGUCCAUCCUCAGGUCAUAUUGAAACACAUAUUGGAAGUAAGAGAGUGAGAUCCCAGAUAUGGGCAUUCUGCAAAUGCUUUCAAGUUUCAAUGAGUAGCAUAUCUGCACACUA